GUUUCGAGGAUACUGAAAACAGGGAAAGCUUUUUUAAAUAGGGCCUCAAAUAUAACCAAUUCUUCCCCCAGAGUUUGUGGUUACAAGAGAGCGUCCUCAUUAUUCACUGGCAUUGUUUUCAAGUUUCAUAUGCACGUGCACAUUUAGCAAAAAUAAAUAAAUUUGCAUCGCAAAGAACUCUUGAUUACUUUCCAAAGAAAUAUACGGAAUAUGCUAAUAAUUGGCUCUUGUCACAGAUAGCUGUAAGAGCCGAAACGGUGAGCGUCAAGUUCAUCGUGUAGGAUGCAUCACAGAAACUCUUACAAAGAAUUGCUGUUAUGUUAUAAUAUAUCACUAAUUUCUUUACCCGGUUAUUAGCAUAUUCUGGGGAUCUUUUUUGGAAAGUGACCGAGGGUCCUUUUUUUGAUGCAAAUUCUAUUUUUUUGCUAGUUGUGCACGUGCAUAUGAAACUUGAAAACAACUUUUGUAAGCACAAAAUCUGGAGGAAAAAUUGGUUAUAUUUGAGGCUCUGUUUAAAAGCCUUUCCUGUUUUCAAUGUUCUUGAAACUUGCAGAAUAUAUUUAUGAUGAUUGAUCUAGGGAUUGUCAAGUGUAUGAAAUUUGUAGAUACGGACCAAAUUACGUGCAAAAACUGAAACCUAAGAAGCUGAAUGCAGGUUAAUAAAAUUCGUCUAACGCGCAGUUUUUAAUUGAAUUAAACCGCUAUGAGACGAAGCCGCAUUUCCGAAGCUUAUCAUUUUCUUAAAAUAUUAGCUAAUUGUGUGGAUAGCAUGCUAUUUCACUGUUUUUCUGAUUCUUAAAACUUUGUUUCAAAAUAUUUCCAAAACGCUUUCAUAGAAUUUGUUCAAGCUUUACCAUAACUUUACUCAUGCCGACGUAGGUGAUGCUCAAACUUGGGAGGUAUCCCUCCUAAUCAAUCCAGACGAGCCACCUUAAUACAACCUCUAAAAAUAACUUCAGUGAAAUUGACAUACCCCGGCCAACUCCCUAAGAGACUCAUUACCCUCUCUUAUUUUCACUCAAAUCGAAACUGGACAACUUUAGAUGGUCUUCAAAACAUUUCUGCGAACUGGAAAACAGUGAAGGCGGCAGCAGGAACAAGCGCCCAGCUCAUGUGUCAAGCUUUCCAUUCCACCUUCAUUGACGCAAACACGUUUUGGCUGUUCCAAGGCGUCAUGUUAAACGACUCACUGGACGCACGCUUUAAGAUUGGUGAAUUCCGUUGGAAAAGCUCCAAUGUCUCGCAGACAGUUGAGAUGAAAAUUGAGAUCAACAACUUAUCAGUCUCAGAUUUUGGCAGCUACAACUGUGUAAUUAACACUACCGCUGGUGUUUCGUCAAAGUUAGUUUUUCUAGAAGUGCAAAAUGAGGAAAGAGGUAAUGUACUGUAUGUCAUUAUUUAUUUAUUUAUUCAUGCAUUUACUUACAUUUUAUUUAUUUAUUCAUUCAUAAUUUUUAUUUCUUAAUGUAUUUCGACCUUACCUUUUUGCCUAUUGACAAAUUCGUUAAAAAAAAAAAGAAAGGAAAACUUCCUUAAAUCUUUUAUGAAAUUCUGAUCUACUUGACUUUUUAAGUUGAACAAAACAUUUUAACGAAUUUGAGAUGUUUCGUGGUGGUUUCAUUGGAGGCCACUUAGCAAAUUCCUUUUUUUUUUUUUUUUUUUUUUUUUAACCGAUCCAUUACACAUUAUCAUAUUUUGUGUGUAAGAUUCUUCCUUCAUUAAUUAAUUUAUUUUUGUCCUUUUCUGCAGAGGGUGGCAAAGAAAACUCUACAAUGUUUAUAAUUAUAUUCCCUCUUGCCGCUGGUGGACUACUCCUUGCACUUUCAGGCUUGAUCAUUCUACGAAGAAUGCAAAAAAAGCGCCGAGACCUGAAACUUCAAGGUAUUUCGGCGGACUGUUUUUAGCGCUAUUUGUCCAUCCAAGUUAGCUUUUUUUCUGGUGGAAAUGUCAGAUUCUUUAUCAUUUUGAGUGUUCGUGACGGAACGAACACUCAUGCUCAGUGCAUUUCUUGGAGGAAUAGAGAGAGUGAUAGAUAAAGAAAUAAAACAAAUAAUAAUAAUAAUAAUAAUAAUAAUAAUAAUAAUAAUUUUUUCAUUCAUUUCAAAUAAGUCCUAGAAUAAAAAAAAGCUAAGACGGCUUAAGUCCAGCGAUGCUAAAUUCAUCUUCGAUAAUGCAUGUUUAUCGGCAACUUUAGGAUAUAAGGGGUUGUUCAGGUCUGCAAAAAUUCUCCAAAAGAAUUUGUAUCCUUGCUAUGUUGUUUGCCUACUUCUUCCUCGUUAAACGAGUACAAUGUUCCGCCAUUUUGCAGUAACUAUGAACACAACUCAACCUCGUCUCCAGGUCUUCUCGUUUAGUGGUUCAAUAACCUGACAAUUUGGCUGCGCAAUUGCUGUCAUUUCUCACAUAUCGCAAAAUAGCCUAUUUACAUUUAACUUCGCUUAAAAAAACUAUUCAGUCAAAGCAAUAUUUACAAUUCCUUUCGAUUAAGCAAUAAUAAUAAUAUUGAAUAAUAAUAAUGAUAAUAAUAAUAAUAAUAAUAAUAAUAAUAAUAAUAAUAAUAAAAUUCUCAACUAUAUUUAUAACUUGUUUUUUAACAUUUUUGACGUUGAAUGUCUCUUAACAUAUUGCUUUUUCUUUCAGAGAAAGCAGCAGCGGGAGAGUUCACUUAUGACGUGUUUGUGACAUUCAGCAGCAAAGACCGGCAGUGGGUAUCGACUAAACUCACCCCUCUGUUGGAAAGCCAUCGGCUGAAGUAUUGUAUCCAUAGCCGUGACUUUGAAUUAGGGAGAGCAUUGGUCGAUAACAUGGCAGAGAGCGUCUAUUCCAGCCGCAAAGUCUUGGCAGUUCUGUCCAAAAACUACUUGGAGAGUAAGUUCUGCAGGGGUGAGCUUGAGAUGGCGUUGUAUCGAAGUAAAGUUGGCCGGGACGGUUCCUUGUUAGUGGUAACAAUCGAUGGGAUAAAGAAAAAUAAGCUGCCCAAAGCCUUGAGAGAGAGCACCUUUGUCGAUUACCAUUCGGAUACUGGGCGUAGUUCAUGGGAGAAGAAGCUGUUACGGCUCCUAGUUCAAGAGGAUAACAAUCAAAAUGUAUUCAAUACAAAACUAUGAGAUUUGAAAAGAGGGCCUCACGAAGUAUUAUGUUUACAAUGCAACCCUAAAGUUCCCAUAGUGAUGCUAUGUAGCUUCGAGAAUUCUAAAUUGAUGGACUAAUAAUUAACUUUGAUGAUUAUGAUGGAUUAAAGAGUUUUUGUUUAGAGAUUUGCACUGCCGGAAUCAAAACAUGAUGAAAUGAACUUACAGGAUUUUAUUUUUACUUAAGUCAAUAUAGGCCAUUAGUUUGUCAGCCAUUAACUUAAUUUAAUUUCAUAAGUAGGUUGAGUAUGAUUUCACAGUUUUAAUUUAAUUUAUUUCACUGGUAAUUGCUAUUUUUGCAAGUGCUUUCAAAAACUUGUUCGUGACAUGAUCCUAAAAUCGAGGCGCCUUCUCGCUCAGUGAGAGAAACUUCAGGCUUGAGGCCGACGCUGCCCCAGCAAAAGGGUAUUGUUAGAAACAAGAAACAACAGAAAAGCAAAAAAGAAGAAAAUCACAAGAACAAUAACAAAAACAAUAACUUUCACCUUUAACCCUUUCACUGCCAAAUUUGGUCAAAGGCAAAUUUCGAGCGAAUUUCCAAAUUUCAUUUUCUAAAAUUUUGACAAACAAAUCAUGUGAUUUCAGCAUGUGAAAGUACAGGCAGAGAGCUUUCAUUUGAAUGGUCACAUCAUAGGAUUUCAUCCACAGACUCAAAAGUUAGAGUCACCUCACAAAACUCUAUCAAAUACUCUGGCAGUGAAAGAUUUAAAUAAAGCAUUUAAGCAACCAACGCAACAACGGCAAAGAUAACGUUAACAUCUAUACACAGUGGGUUUUUAUUAGCCUAAAACUAAAACAGAAACAGC